AUGGAUGCCAAGAAUCUUUCCAGCAAUUGGAAGAAACUUCAGGAGACGCUGAAAAAGGAAAGCGUUCCCUCCGCCUCGAAAAAGCGCAAGACAUCGGACCGCGAGGAUGAGAAUGCUGUUGUCAAGAAGCCAAGGACGCAUACUUUAGGAAACAAGAAGAAACCCAUCAAGAAGAGAACGAUGUCUGAAGGAACCCAGAAUGGAGGGGACAAGAGCACCCAAGCUUCCACGGUGAAAACAAUAUCCCGCAAGAGCUCUACAGCAACACUUUCCGAAAAGACGCGGACAGAGUCAAGAAUAGCGAAGGUUAAUGAGGGCCGUUCACCUACUGCCGAAAUAGGUAAAUAUGUUGCGAUGGACUGCGAAAUGGUGGGAGUCGGUCCCAACCCCGAUGACGAUUCCGCCCUCGCACGCGUCAGUAUCGUCAAUUUCAACGGCGAGCAGGUGUACGAUUCAUAUGUGCGACCCAAGGAAAUGGUUACAGAUUGGCGGACACAUGUGAGCGGAAUUGCACCCAAGCAUAUGGUGGACGCAAGAUCUUUUGAGCUUGUUCAGAAAGAGGUUGCGGAAAUUUUGGAUGGGCGGAUACUAGUGGGACAUGCUGUGAGCAAUGACUUGGAUGCGCUUCUCUUGAGCCAUCACAAGCGCGACAUUAGAGACACAAGCAAGCACCCUGCUUACCGAAAGAUCGCGGGCGGUGGCUCUCCUCGUCUGAAAAUGCUGGCAUCCGAAUUCCUGGGGUUAGAGAUUCAGGAUGGAGCGCACUCUAGUGUGGAAGAUGCCAAGGCGACGAUGCUUUUGUACAGACGGGAUAAGGACGGAUUCGAGCGUGAGCAUCUCAAGAAGUGGCCAGUUCGGGUCGUUGUUGAGAAGAAGGACCAAGGAGACGAACAGAAGAAGAAGAAGAAAAAGAAGAAGAAGACUCGCAAGAGGUGA